CUACCCUAGCAUCUCGACUCAAAUGUAGAUUUUACUAUCAAUCAACAAUCUUACAAUUUUCUGUCUUCAUAUUUCUACAAAAAAAAAUUCCUCAACCAAAUGAGUAAAAGACCAGCCUAUAACUUUUCAUUUGAAAAUUAUAGUUGAAAUAGUAGUGUGUUAACAACUUAAAGUGGCUUAAAUUAAGAAAGACUAGUUUAGUGACCGAGUUAUGCAUGUUACCACAAAAAAGUUGUCUGCGUUAAAAUGUAAAAAAUUAACAUCUCAAGGAUCAAAACGGUGAUGAAAGCUGAUUUUCACUUUAUGGGAGAAGAAGAAAAUCACACUCUGUUUUUCGGAAUGUUGUGAAGGAGGAAGAGCUGAAGCUGGGAAUAGGAUAAGCCGAUAGCGAAACUGUAAUGGCGGCGGCGAUGACCUCCUCCACCACUACUACUACCCACAUCCUCCAGCGACUCCUCCACCCAGCACCACGGCAGCCGCCGUUUCCCCCUUGCUUCUUCUUCCGGUCAAUUCGCUCCGCCGCCGCGAGCUCAAAACCUAGUCCCUAUGACCGCCGUUGCCGGCAAACCCCCAUCACCCUCUUCUCUGCCGCCGCCGCCGCUUCUCCUCUCCCAUCCCAUUCCGCUCUCUUCUUAUCCACUCAUUCCUUCUGUUCCCCUCCUCAAUCCGCCGUCUCGCCGGCUCUGACGUUUGAUGAAGAAGAAGAAGAGGAAUACGAAGAAGAUGAUGGUGAAUACGAGGUAGAGGAAGGCGACGCCCACGAGGGUUUUAGCGAUGACAUUGAGCUUGAUUCCGACGACGAAGAAGAAGAGGAAGAAGGGGAUGGCGAGAUAUUGAGUGCGGAGCUGGAAGUGAACAAUGGCGGCGGUGGUGGGUCGAAGGGAAUUGAACAAGCCAGCCUGCCCAAAUUGAGUGUGAAGGAGAAGAAAGAGUUGGCUUCCUACGCCCAUGGAUUGGGGGAUAAGCUCAAGUCCCAAUUAGUAGGCAAGUCUGGUGUCACAGAUAAUGUCGCCACCUCUUUCAUCGAGACCCUUGAAGCCAACGAACUCCUCAAGAUUAAAAUACACAGAACAUGUCCAGGCGAGAUGGAGGACGUGGUGCAGCAUCUGGUGAAACUAACUGGUUCCAUUGUGGUCAGUCAAAUUGGUCGAACGGUGAUCAUAUAUCGGCCGAGCAUUUCCAAAAUGAAGGCAGAAGAGAAGAGGAGGCAGGAUCGGAAAAUGUAUGUAAGGAGGGCAUCGAACAAACCAACAUUCAGGCCACCGUUUAAGGUUGAGCACGAUUCCUAUGAACCGAAAACGAACGGGCGUGGACGUCGAGGGAACAGCCGCUUCCUGUGACCUUACUGAUGGAGAUUUGUCCACUGAAGAAUCGAUACUUUAAUGGUAGAAAUCGAGAAGGUGACGGUCCAAAUUCGUUAGCUGAGAUGCAUCUUUCAGUAAAGAAAGCUGGGAUGGAUGGGAUGAAGUAGGUUGGUUUGAUGUUUCAGAUCACCUCAUUCAUCAUUUUUUGCGUCUAUGCUUAGAUAAAGCUUUCUGUUACCAUGUGGAUGGUUUUUGGACUACUGAUUCUGUAUACCAGAGAAACAGGGGAUUCAGGAAUUCGCCUUAUGGUUAUACUAUGUACUUGAGCCAAAUGAAUGAAAUGCAAAAUUGUAC